ACACAAAGCAGGUCAUGUCGGUUGUUGCAGAUCUUCACCUGCAUUAUGUGCAGGCCUGUCAAAAUUUGAGCCAGCCUGAAAACCCCUUCAUUGCUCGUGUGCUUCAAGAAGCUGAUAAAAAUGAUGAAAUAAGUACAAAAGGAAUCACAUUAAAAUUGGCUGGAAAUAAUCACCUGGUGCCUGUGCCAAGAGUUACAGAUGAUGAUCUUGCAGUUCUUGUCUCUGUCUUGGGCCAAGCUGCCUUUGUCACAGGUUUGGAUCUUGCCUAUAAUUUAUUGACUGAUGCUGGAGCAAAGACCAUGGCAACAUUCCUCCAGGAAAACUCCACUCUGCAGUACCUGAACCUGAUGUUCAAUGACAUUGGCACAAGUGGGGCAGAGCUGAUAGCAGGAGCACUCCACAGCAAUCAAAGUCUCGUGCACCUGAGAAUGACUGGAAACAGAAUAGGAAACCAAGGUGGGAUAUUUUUUGCUUCAAUGCUAAAAAUUAACUCAACCUUAAAGAAGUUGGAUCUUGGAGACUGUGAUGUGGGCCUGCAGUGUCUGAUAGCAACAGCCAUAGCCCUGACUCAGAACGAAUCACUCAGAGCCAUAAACCUCAAUCGUCCUUUGCUAUCCACCCAACAGGAAGAGACCACAGUUCAUAUAGCUCGGAUGCUGAGGAGUAAUUCUUCUCUUGUGGAGCUACAUUUGGGCAAACAUGAAAUGAAAAACUUUGGUGUAGAGCGACUGUGUGAUGCCCUGUAUGAAAACUCCACCCUGAGAUACCUUGACCUUAGCUGUAAUAACAUCAUCUGUGAUGGUGCCAAAUUUCUGGGAGAGCUACUAAGAAAGAACCAAACCCUGGAGAUCCUGGAUCUUGAUGCAAACCGAAUAGAAGAUGCUGGAGCCAUUUACCUGAGUGAGGCCUUGGCAACGCGGAACAAGACUCUGAAGGCGUUGUCCAUUGUAAGCAACAAUAUAACUGGCAGAGGACUUGUAGCUCUUGCACAGGCAAUGCAUUCCAACAUGACACUUUCCCAUAUUUACAUCUGGGGGAACAAACUUGACAGAAGCACCUGUGCGGCAUUCUCGGAGCUGAUCGCGGUGGAGCGCCUGCAGCCGGACUGCACAGAUGUGGCUCCCUACAAGGUGGACGGGGAGAUUUUCCUGGCAGAGCUGUCCCACGGGCUGGCCAAGCACCGCUACUGGAGCCCGCGCUGCGCCGCCGUGGCCCCCGGCGCCGCCAACGCCAGCCUGGAAAUCGUCCCUGUCUCGGAGUACCUGUGA